UAUAGGUCUAUCAUCGAGUCCCACUAGGUAAGGCUUGAUAAAAGCUCAUGUGUUAUCAAUAUUGUAAAGAUACUGACUAUUACAUCAUCAAUAGUAUACUCUUUGAUAGCACAGCUAGCUUUACGUGCUGUGUUCAGGCACGAUGUGUAAGAUCACAGCAUUCCGUUGCCCUGAGUGUUCAGAGGUCGCCCAACAUGGUUUUCUACCUUGCAACGAUAUAGUCCAGAGUAAGAUGAACCAUGAGCACUCUCGACAAUCUCUAGCCGAGCCCUCCGUCCGUAUUCAUUGCCCAACCCUUUUUUGGCCGCCGGCCGAAUCGUCUCGUAUGAUUUCGCAAUUCUGUGAUCAUUGCGCCUCCAGGCAUCUGCAAGAUGCCCCGACGAGAGUCGAGGGCCCAAAGAUGAACAAAGAAAAGGUCGACAGAAACGGUACCUCAACAACAGUUUCGAAGGAGAUGGUAAUAGACAACAGUUGGUCAGCUCGGCUAAGCGAAGAGUCUCAACGAGUCCUGACUCUCCGGAUUCCUUACUGCUAUCUGUGCGGAACACCCUCGUUCAUUUCCGAAGAGAUCACUGGGCUUUCCUUGGAGAGACCUAAGUUCGGCAUCAAAGACGUGGAGAUGGAGUUCAAUUCAACUCUGUGGAAGUGGACCUGGUUGGGCCAAGGAAGAGAGGCUAUUUCACUGCGCCUUGCUACGGGGUUCAUUACCAAGCCAUGCAGCACUUGUCAUCAUCGCGAAACAUUACUACGUGAAAAGGUGCACACGUUCAUCAGAAACUGUAGACCAGUCGAGGCUUAGGCGGUCUUGGAUUGGCUCAAACUACGAUGGGAUGGUAAAACUAGCUUCUGGGAACAUGAAGCGCCCAACAGGGGUUUCCCGAACGCGCAGCCUCCUCGCUGGCCUGUGUUCCGAAAGUAUAUGGAAGAGGGCUGGAAAGCGAGAGCUAAGGUGGACUGGUGUUCAUAUACUGAUUUCGAGCCACCAGUGAGCUGUUUACUGCCGUUUACUCUUCACCAAACCCCUCUAAUAGAUUGGUCGAAAUGGACUAGUCUUCUCGGAACUACAACGCCAUUUGAUGUGUCAUUAGGG